UCUUAACCUAUCUUAUCAAAAUCCACAUUUUUCAUUGUUUAAUAUUUUAAUUAUAGGAAUGCUACCAAUUAAAUAAUUAUAAACGUUCUUCUAUCUGGAAAGCUAGCUUUAGAACAUUCUCGGUUCAAAUUUAAGUGUUGCAUUUUUUUUCUUUCCCAAUUUCAAUUAAAAUAAUUUUCCCUUCAUUGAAUAAUAUUGCAAUUGUAAUCUUUUACUCUCAUUCUUCCAAAGUUUUAUAUUAUCAUCAAAUUCUUGGUUGUUUCUUUUAUUUUAUCUGUCACAAGUACAAAUGAGUAAUCAGUUUGACCGAACUUUGCCUUGCCCACCAAUAAGUUGGUCGUAAGAGAUGAUGCAUGUUUACAUUUUAGCAUUAUUAUUAUUCCUCUUCUUUUUCCUGAAUCACUGCUUUUGGUCUUUCUCCAACAUUGCACAAGCAACAAAGGCACCAAGUCUUAAAUCUUGUCUAACAUCUUAUUUUUUAUAUUUAGUUUCAGACACAAACAAACAUCCUGAAGAGUGAGAAAAUUAGGCCAUGUUCUGAACACAUUACAGAAGAAAAAUAUGUCAGGUCCUGAGUCCUGGGUAGGCCAUGUUGAAAAACUUGGUGGCCUAGACACCUAUGUUACUGGAUCCUCUUAUUCCAAGCUUGCCAUUCUUAUGGUUUCUGAAGUUUUUGACAAGGUUGCAGCUACAUGGUACUAUGUAGUGGUUCCUGAUUUUUUACACGGAGAUCCAUUUUCCUCAGAGGAUGCUACCAGGCUUCUACCUGUUUGGUUAAAAGAUCAUGAACCAAACAAAGCUUUUGAAGAUGCAAAACCAGUGAUUGAAGCUUUAAAAGAUAAAGGUGUUUUGGCCAUAGGGGCUGCCUCUUUUUGUUGGGGUGUUGUCCAUAUAUGGACCACAAUGAUAUGAGUGCAUAGCAAUAGCAAAGUGGAAUCUCCCAUUUCUUCACGUCAUCUCUCUCUCUCUCUCUGUUCCAAAAUUUGAUCCCCAAGAGCAGAGCUGUGAAGUGAAUUGCAGA